UUUGGAAGAGCAGCCACUGCUCUUAACCUCUGAACCAUCUCUCCAGCCUUCAGACUCUUGGUUCUUUUCCUCGUAUGGUUGCUGUGUCUUCUGUACCUCUCUACGUCCCAGAUCCUUACCUGUUGAGUGGGGGAGCUACUGCCCCCCCUCAGGGUAUUUUUAUCAGAUGUGGGAAGGAGAACAGAGCUGUAGGAAACGCUCAGGGAAUAAGCGUCUAUGGUGACUGUGGCCCCAGCAGUGGUAUUAAUACCACCCCAUGCCCUUCCUCCCAGCAGCAUGUCAUGGUUUAGUGGCCUCCUGGUUCCCAAAGUGGAUGAACGGAAGACAGCUUGGGGCGAACGCAAUGGGCAGAAGCGCCCACGCCAUGGGACUCGGGCCAGUGGCUUCUGCGCACCUCGCUACAUGAGCUGCCUUAAGGAUGCCGAGCCGCCCAGCCCCACUCCCGUGGCUCACACUCGGUGCCCCUGGCAGGAUGAGGCCUUCAUCAGGAGGGCUGGCCCAGGCAGGGGUAUGGAGCUGGGGCUGCGGUCAGUGGCCUUGGGUUUCGACGACACUGAGGUGGCAAACCCAGUGGGGACAGCUGAAGUGGCACCUGAUACGUUGCCCAGGAGCAGUCAGUCCUGCUGGCACCGUCUCGUGCAGGUUUUCCAGUCUAAGCAGUUCCGCUCCGCCAAGCUGGAGCGCCUGUACCAGCGGUACUUCUUCCAGAUGAACCAGAGCAGCCUCACACUCCUCAUGGCCGUGCUUGUGCUACUCAUGGCUGUGCUCUUGGCCUUCCAUGCUGCACCCUCCCGGCCUCAGCCUGCUUAUGUGGCCCUGCUCACCUGUGCCGCCACCCUUUUUGUGGCGCUCAUGGUAGUGUGUAACCGACAUAGCUUCCGCCAGGACUCCAUGUGGGUGGUAAGCUAUGUGGUUCUGGGCAUCCUAGCAGCCGUGCAAGUCGGAGGUGCCCUGGCAGCCAACCCACACAGCCCCUCGGCAGGCCUUUGGUGCCCGGUGUUCUUCGUCUACAUCACCUACACGCUCCUUCCCAUCCGCAUGCGCGCAGCAGUACUCAGUGGCCUGGGCCUUUCCGCCUUGCAUUUGAUUUUGGCCUGGCAGCUCAACCGUGGUGACCCCUUCCUCUGGAAGCAGCUCGGUGCUAAUGUGGUGCUCUUCCUCUGCACCAACGUCAUCGGCAUCUGCACACACUACCCUGCUGAAGUGUCUCAGCGCCAAGCCUUUCAGGAGACCCGAGGUUACAUCCAGGCUCGCUUGCACCUGCAGCAUGAGAAUCGCCAGCAGGAACGGCUGCUGCUAUCGGUGUUGCCCCAGCAUGUUGCCAUGGAGAUGAAAGAAGACAUCAACACGAAAAAAGAAGACAUGAUGUUCCAUAAGAUCUACAUCCAGAAGCAUGAUAAUGUCAGCAUCCUGUUUGCAGACAUCGAGGGCUUCACCAGCCUGGCCUCCCAGUGCACUGCGCAGGAACUGGUCAUGACCUUGAAUGAGCUCUUUGCCCGGUUUGACAAGCUGGCUGCGGAGAAUCACUGUCUGAGGAUCAAGAUCCUAGGAGACUGUUACUACUGCGUGUCAGGGCUGCCCGAGGCCCGGGCAGACCACGCCCACUGCUGUGUGGAGAUGGGAGUGGACAUGAUUGAGGCCAUCUCGCUGGUGCGUGAAGUGACAGGUGUAAAUGUGAACAUGCGUGUGGGCAUCCACAGUGGACGUGUGCACUGCGGUGUCCUUGGCCUGCGGAAAUGGCAGUUUGACGUGUGGUCCAAUGAUGUGACCCUGGCCAACCACAUGGAGGCUGGGGGCCGGGCCGGUCGUAUCCACAUCACUCGGGCCACACUGCAGUACCUGAAUGGGGACUAUGAAGUGGAACCAGGCCGUGGUGGUGAGCGCAACGCAUACCUCAAGGAACAAUGCAUCGAGACCUUCCUCAUCCUGGGCGCCAGCCAGAAACGGAAAGAGGAGAAAGCCAUGCUGGCCAAGCUGCAACGGACACGGGCCAACUCCAUGGAAGGACUGAUGCCACGAUGGGCGCCUGACCGUGCCUUCUCCCGGACCAAGGACUCUAAGGCGUUCCGCCAGAUGGGCAUUGAUGAUUCCAGCAAAGACAACCGUGGUGCCCAAGAUGCUCUGAACCCUGAAGAUGAGGUGGAUGAGUUCCUGGGCCGUGCCAUUGAUGCCCGUAGCAUCGACCAACUGCGUAAGGACCAUGUGCGCCGGUUCCUGCUCACCUUCCAGAGACAGGAUCUUGAGAAGAAGUAUUCACGGAAGGUAGAUCCUCGCUUUGGAGCCUAUGUCGCCUGUGCCCUUUUGGUUUUUUGCUUCAUCUGUUUCAUCCAGCUCCUCAUAUUUCCACACUCCACCCUGAUAAUGGGGAUCUAUGCUGGUAUCUUCCUGUUGUUGCUGGCCACCGUAUUGAUCUGUGCUGUAUGCUCCUGCGGUUCUCUCUUCCCCAAGGCCCUGCACCGUCUGUCCCGCAGUAUCGUCCGCUCACGGGUGCACAGCACAGCGGUUGGCAUCUUUUCAGUUCUGCUUGUGUUCAUCUCCGCCGUUGCCAACAUGUUCACCUGUAAUCACACCCCCAUAAGGACCUGUGCAGCCCGGAUGCUGAACUUAACACCAGCUGAUGUCACCGCCUGCCACCUACAACAGCUCAAUUACUCUCUGGGACUGGAUGCUCCCCUGUGUGAGGACACCGCACCCACCUGCAGCUUCCCUGAGUACUUCGUCGGGAACAUGCUGCUGAGUCUCUUGGCCAGCUCUGUCUUCCUGCACAUCAGCAGCAUCGGCAAGCUGGCUAUGACCUUUGUCCUGGGCUUCGUCUAUCUGGUGCUGCUCUUGCUGGGUCCCCCAGCCACCAUAUUUGACAACUAUGAUCUGCUGCUGGGCGUCCAUGGCUUGGCUUCCUCCAAUGAGACUUUUGACGGGCUGGACUGCCCAGCCGUAGGGAGGGUGGCACUCAAAUAUAUGACCCCUGUGAUUCUGCUGGUCUUUGCCCUGGCACUGUAUCUUCAUGCACAGCAGGUGGAAUCAACUGCCCGCCUGGACUUCCUCUGGAAACUGCAGGCAACAGGGGAGAAGGAGGAGAUGGAGGAGCUCCAGGCGUACAACCGACGGUUGCUGCACAACAUUCUGCCCAAGGACGUGGCCGCCCACUUCCUGGCCCGAGAACGCCGCAAUGAUGAACUCUACUACCAGUCGUGUGAAUGUGUGGCUGUCAUGUUCGCCUCCAUUGCCAACUUCUCUGAAUUCUACGUGGAACUCGAGGCAAACAAUGAGGGCGUUGAGUGCCUGCGGCUGCUCAAUGAGAUUAUUGCUGACUUUGAUGAGAUCAUCAGCGAGGAGAGGUUUCGGCAGCUGGAGAAGAUCAAGACGAUCGGCAGCACCUAUAUGGCUGCCUCCGGGCUGAAUGCCAGCACCUAUGAUCAGGUGGGCCGCUCCCACAUCACUGCCUUGGCAGACUACGCCAUGCGGCUCAUGGAGCAGAUGAAACAUAUCAACGAACACUCUUUCAACAAUUUCCAGAUGAAGAUUGGGUUGAACAUGGGUCCGGUUGUGGCAGGUGUCAUUGGGGCCCGGAAGCCACAGUAUGACAUCUGGGGAAAUACAGUGAAUGUCUCCAGUAGAAUGGACAGCACAGGGGUUCCUGACCGAAUACAGGUGACCACGGACCUAUACCAGGUUUUAGCUGCCAAGGGCUACCAACUGGAGUGUCGAGGGGUGGUCAAGGUGAAGGGCAAGGGAGAGAUGACCACCUACUUCCUCAAUGGGGGCCCCAGCAGUUAGCAGAGUGCAGUGAGAUUCAGCUGAAGGGACCAAGGUGGGCAUUGAGUGGACUUCCUGCUCACUGGGUGGAGCUGCUGCAGGGGCCACUGGGCCUCCAGACCUUGCUGACAGCAAAAGGGACCACCCCAGCAGGCUGUGCUUGGACCAUGUUCGUCUGCCUUCAAAAUGGCAAAGGAGGGGACGCCAAGAGGAUUAUCCAAGUGACUUUCUCAGCUGGGGUAGGGGCUGUUCGCUCUCCUCAUUUUUGGAAGCAGAUGGGAGGGCGGCAGAAGAAGCCAGGUAGCCCUCCUGUCUGAGAGAGUCAAAUGGCAACUCACUAUGCCUACUGUUCCCCUGUUUGGGCAACAGGCUCAGGGCUGGGUCAUUCCUUUCUCUAUUUUUCCUGGGACUCUUUUGUACAAAGACUGGGGCGGGCAUGAGGAAUGCCUAUUCCACGCUUGCCUUUGCCUGACUGUGUCCUCAGCACCGGUCCUGGGCACUCCCAACCCCAGCCAAGUUUCCUUCCUAGGCACAAAGCGGAGGAAGGAGGUCCUGUGGGGACCUAGCUCUGACCACAUUUCAGGGGAAUGUUUCCAUUUGCCAAACCCUAGUCCCAUGAUCUGUCCCCAAAGGGGAACAAAGGGACCUCUGAUAGCGCAGAUUUAGCUCCAGUUCCUACACGCUCCAGGGAAAGGGGUAUCUGGCCUCAUUGGUACUGUGAAAAUGACCAGCCAGAGAGCAAACCUAUGUGUGGGGACAUCAGAAGAUCAGGAACUAGACGUUCACCUGCAGUUGACGAAGAGUGCAGGCGGCCAGGGAGGAGGAUGGCCACACUGACCUGAGGUUCCAGUGUGGCCAGGUCAGCACCCUUGGCUGGAAUGCUCACUUGCUGUGUGCUGGCAAGGGGGCAUGGAGCAUCUCUACACCAUGUAUUGCCAAAUAGAAAAGAGUCAGGGUUCCAAGAAAGAUGACCCUGACCCCAAGCCUGGCCUCCUAAGUCUGGCACUAGGGAGGGCCUGUGCAUUUGUGUAACUGUGUGUGCAUGUUGCUUUUCGUGUGUGUAUGUUUUCUAGGUCUCUGUGUGUCCGUGUGCUGCAGCUCAUCAGCUCCCUACUCGGGGCUGCCUCUCUUCUGGGGGCCUCUGCCUUCUGCUGUUAAGGCGGGGUUUUCUGUUUCAAAGGAUGGAGAGAAAAGCCCAGGUUGCACAGGAGUGGGAUGGGGUUUGGGAGCAAAAUGAAGAGUGGUAUGGGGAGAGGAGUCCUUGUUGUGCCAAAUCCCUAAGUGCCAUUUGGGGGCCACUUGUGCAGUAUGACUGUCUGUCUCCCUGCCCAGUGCAGGGGCCCCAAGUACCUGCUUAAUCUCUAGUGUUCCUUGCACUUGAACUGUUGAAGGUUUGUGAGGCGGAGGCUCAGGCACUCCCUGGGUACCUCAGCUUGUCUCUUGGGGUAUGCUAUACUUUCUGACUGGGGUAGUGUGGGAUCCAUCCCUCUGAGGACCCAGAUUUUGGUACUAGAGGAUGGAGCCUGGGAAAUGUAAACUUGCCUUUCCCAAGCCUUCAGCCUGAAUCUAGCAUGGCUAGUCUCUAGUUCUGGCUCCCAUCCCAAUCCUCAUGAAACCUACAAGGAUUGUACUCUGUUCUCUUCCUGUCCCUGCCUUCCUUUUACCCCCUGCAGCCUCCUUGACUCUGGGCUGAAUUAGUUGGUGCCUUGGUUUGUCUGUCUGCACCUAUUUUAAGCCAGAGGCAUAUGCCUCAGUUUCGAUUGAAGAUCACUUUGUCUUAGACACUGACAAGGAGAAAGGGUUCCAUGGGGGAAUGGGAGGGGCGGGCAGAACUCUGGCCCUGCCUCAUGCUUCUGCCACUAGUUCUCUGCAGAGGCUUGGUUUCUGGCUUGGUACCGCCUUCCUGGAGAUCUCCAUAUUCCAGUUGAUGGGCCAAGGCAGGGAAGAGGAAAGAUUAGCUGGUCUAGGCAGAAAAUUCCUCCAUCUCCCCCAGCUAUAUCCCUGGAUAGGAAGGGACUACUUGAUGCCAUCGGGGUGGGAGUGAGUAAGCCAGUAUGGGAAAACCUCAGCUUUGGGUGAUCUGUCUGCUUCUUGCCAGGUGGGAGGGGCCUUCCACACCCUGGCUCCCUGUACCACAGUGCCAGCCAUGUCCUUCCCCUGAGUUACUGUUGCCCUUCUCCUGGUUGGUGAAGGAGUUGGGAUAACAGGAGGCCAUGGGCUUUGGUUUUAUAAUGUAACCACUGUGGGAGUGGGGGAGGAUGGUGUACCAUGUUUCAGUGAAAUAUUUAAUAUAUUUAA